CAUUAUUUCUCUUCUUCCUUAACACACAACUCUGGUUUUGCUGGACAAAUCCUAGAGUUAUGAUAUUUUGCUUUAUUUAAUGUGUAUAUUUGAGACUCGUGUCAGCUAGAAAAUGGACACCGACCCGGCUCUCCCUAUACCGAUUUCUUACAUAUCCGGUAGUUACUAUCUCUUCUCAAUUGAUGCAGUUACAUAUCUGAGACGCGAACACCAUAUCUGCGGCGUUCUGAUUGGAACCCUCCCGCAAAUCCCGCAACAAAAUGUCUUCCUGGCCAUGCCCCUGCAGCUGAUGCCAGAAGAGGCACGGCUGCUGGUGGACAAAGGUGUAGCUUGCAUUGUAGACGAGGUAAAGGCGCACAAGGAUGGCAUGACUUCCAUCAUGGAAGAGGAUCGGAAACGGUAUCUCCAGGAUUUAGAAGCUGAAGGGCUGCAAGCCAUGCGACUGCAGAACCGCCGCAAGGAGCAACUGCGGGAAGAAGCUUUAAAGAAUCUAGAUGCGAAGAAGGCGGCCAAGGCGUCUAAGAAAGCUGCUCAAAAGCAGGAUAAUGCUGCUGGUGAUGAUUUUGCGCUGGAGCUGUUCGCGGGUGGUGAACAGGCCCAGGAUGCUGGUCCGCAACGCCCGACUCCGUCUGAAACAGCGAUGGCUGUCACUCCAUCGACGUCGUACCCGCCGAUGCCAUCUAGACCUACAUCUGACCAGAUCCUGCCAUCACCUGAGGUCCCGUCCUCUUAUCCUCUGUUCGCGCACCUGCACACUAAGGGUUAUUUCCUAUCGCCUGGACUCCGGUUCGGAUGUCAGUAUCUCGCAUACCCGGGUGAUCCUCUACGGUUCCACUCUCAUUUCUUGGUCGUGUCUGCUGAAUGGGAUGAGGAGAUUAACUUGAUGGACAUCAUUGCUGGCGGUCGACUGGGCACUGGUGUGAAGAAGGGCUUCCUCGUUGGCGGAGCUGAACAGACCGGUCCUGGUUCUGAGGAUAGUGUAAGGAUGUUCAGUGUUGAGUGGGCAGGAAUGUGAUGCUAUGCUUUUUCUGCUCAUAAAUUCUCAACAUAUUUCUCUAUUGCAACUGCUUCUACGUUGCAACCCAUGUCCGAGUCGCAUUCGAGGCUAUGCGCUUAUGAACAUGUUCCAGCGCCAUUGGUUUAGGAAUGGACCGCCAUCGAUUAUGCCGGACGGGCUCGUGCUUGGAAGCACAAACACGGUCAAUGUUCACCUGAGAACAUCAUCAUCUCCGGAAGGCGACGCAACUCGCAUAAGAGCUAAAGGAUGUCGUCGAAAUGCAAUUGAAUGCAAUUCUAUUAAAUUAGAUAUCCGUGAACGAUACAUUAUGAUCUAUCAGUCAAGUUCUAUUUACAAUGGCG